UAACCUCAAUCUUUACUAAUGUUACUGUUAUUUGUUUUUGUCUGCAGGUUUGGUUCAAGAAUCGUAGGGCCAAGUGGAGGAAGCGCGAGAGGAACGCGAUGAACGCUAUGAACGCGGCUGCCGACUUCAAGACAGGCUUCGGGACGCAGUUCAACGGGUUGAUGCCCACCUUCGGAGAUACGGAUUCACUGUACUCCUCUUACUCGUACAACAAUUGGGCGACGAAGGUGCCCAGCCCUUUGAGCACGAAGCCCUUUUGGCCGGUAGUACCGACCAACCAUCAUCAAUCGCCGGUGAAUUGCUUCAACGCUGCCACCUCCGUGGCUACAAUGUCCGGAGCUGCUGGAUCCAUGCUUCCUGGUGGAAUGGGCAGCGGUCUGACGACGACGCAAGCCGCCGUCGCAGCCCAACCAUGCCCAUACACGACACCCGCCAACCCUUACACCAUGUACCACCAUCGCACCUCCGCCGAACCAUGCACGGCGAUGACCUCCAGCAUCGCCUCUCUGAGGCUCAAGGCCAAGCAACACACCGGCUUCGUAGGGUACUCAUCGGCCGUAAGCCCUGUACGUUCCGGAUCCGCCGGCCUCAGUGCUUGUCAAUACGCAGGAAGCACCAUCGGCGUCGGCGAAAGACCCGGCUGAGAACACGAGCAGCCCUGCAGCGGGCACCAGUGCAAAACCGAAGACCAAGACGAUUAGAACAAUCCCUAAAACAACAACAACAACCAUAAAAAACCAAACUCAAACAACACUUGAUUCCUGUUCAAUCAAGACCCAAAACAACAACCAAAAACGAUUAAGACGUAACAUAAAUAUCUAAUAUUAAAUAAAUUUCGAGAGCAAUAUAUUUAAAAUUAACGAAAAGAAGAAGCGAAAAAAGAAAAUUGAAGUAAAGUGAAGCUUAGUGUGUGCUCCUCCCUUAAUUUAAAACCACUACAAAAAAAAAUAAAUAAACAUAGUUACCAUAAUUACCAAAAUACAAUUGUUUGUGUCUUAAUUUUUAGUUGCGCAAUAAAUGAGAUUUACGAGAUUCAUGAGAUCCCCAGUACAAAGAGAGCGAACGAAGUGCAAUGUAUUAUAACUAUUAUUAUUAAUUAUUAAUCACGUUUACUUACUAAAACAAGAAACAAUUUUUAAUUAUUACUAUUAUUACAAAAACUAGAAUUAAUAUCAAGAUCAGGGCAAAAACAAAAAAUAACACGACCCAAACCGCGUAAACCUAUUUAUACAAUAUGAUUUAGCCCGAUUUUUAUGUAAAUUUAAAUUAUAUUUUAUUAUCGCUGUAAUAAUAUGAACUA